AUUAUAUAGGGAAAAUAUAAAGUAAACUGUAGAAGGUGGUGAAGCGUCUUCCCCCCUUCGUUAUCAUCCCGCCAUGGCUUUACAGUAAUCAUUACACACACACGCAAUAUUUCCUGCGCUCUCUUUCCUCUGCUUUUCUUCUUUCUUGUUUAGUCUGCAUUUUCUCGGAUUUGGGUAGGCAAAAUUAUUCACGUUGAAAAAAUUCUUCGGAUUUUCAUACAUGAAAAAAGGGUGAUUCAACGCUUUUGAAAGGAUUUCCAGUCCUAAGGUCUGUGUUCUUCUCGAAGAACAUGUUUUCUGAAUCUUCUGAAUUAACCCUUUUUCUUCCCGAAAUUAUUCGGGUUCGAUGAGAUUUUCUCGUACCCUUCAUGGGCUCUGCGUUUUUUAAUCAGCUUCCCGGAAAAUUACAACGACAACAAUGGAAUCGGAGAAAUCCAAUCUCGGAGCCAUCUUCGGUGCCUUUGUUAGACCUUCAUGGGCAUUUCUUCUCCUCCUCUUCACCGUCGUAGCGAUUCUCUCCCUCCAAAUCUCCUCCUAUUCCAUUUUUCCUCUCUGGGUCCUCUCCGGAUCCGACGAUCCGGCGACCCGACUCGGUGACCCGACUCGGACCUGCGCCGGGUUCUUCCGCGGAGACCCGCCGCCGAGAGGGUUCGUGAUGUCGAUAACGGAUUUCGGCGGAGUCGGCGAUGGCGAGACAUCGAACACGGCGGCGUUCCGCCGCGCCGUACGGCACAUGCGGCGAUUCUCCGGCGAGAGUGGGGCCCAGUUGAACGUUCCAAAGGGCACGUGGGUUACCGGAAGCUUCAACCUCACCAGCAAUUUCACGCUGUUUCUCGAACAUGGAGCUGUGAUUUUGGGAUCCCAGGACCAAAGUGAAUGGCCGUUAGUGCAGCCCUUGCCUUCGUAUGGAAGGGGACGAGAAAGACCCGGGGCUCGACACAUUAGCCUCAUUCAUGGAGAUGGACUCACGGACGUUGUCAUUACAGGAGAAAACGGGACAAUAGACGGGCAAGGGAAGAUGUGGUGGGAGUUAUGGUGGAACAGAACAUUGGUUCACACAAGAGGCCAUCUUGUUGAACUCAAGAACUCACACAAUGUUCUCAUCUCCAACCUCACUUUACGCAAUUCUCCAUUUUGGACGAUCCAUCCAGUGUACUGCAGCAAUGUUGUUAUCAAGAAUAUGACAAUCUUGGCGCCGAUGAAUGCCCCUAACACAGAUGGGAUAGACCCUGACUCGUGCACUAAUGUUUGCAUAGAAGACUGUUACAUCGAGAGUGGCGAUGACCUCGUGGCUGUGAAAAGCGGGUGGGAUCAGUACGGCAUGGUCAUGGCUCGUCCGAGUUCCAAUAUCAUUAUCAGAAGGAUUUCUGGAACUACAACUACAUGUUCCGGAGUUGGGAUAGGCAGUGAGAUGUCUGGUGGGAUCUUCAACAUAACAGUGGAAGAUAUUCGUGUUUGGGACUCUGCGGCCGGGGUGCGUAUAAAGACCGACAAAGGUAGAGGUGGGUACAUAGCAAAUGUCACCAUAAGGAAUGUACUGAUGGAGAGAGUGAAAGUUCCGAUUAGAUUUAGCAGCGGUUCAAAUGACCACCCGGACGAGAACUGGGAUCCGGAAGCUAUACCGAAAGUGAAAGGGAUCUAUAUAAGCAACAUCCUCAGUCUUAAUUCGAGAAAAGCCCCGAUUUUGCUAGGCGUCGAGGGCACGUCAUUCGAAGAUAUAUGCGUAACGAAUAUUACGCUUCUGGGCCUGCCACCAUCUGUGACAUGGAACUGCAGGCAUGUCUCUGGGUACGCGAGUGGCGUCUUCCCGUCGUCUUGUCCUGAGCUGCAGAACGAGGGGUCGGCGCAUCGGUGUUCAUAGAUGAUCCUGCAGUGUUGUAUUUAUGGUGAAAUUUUGAAAUCUAUGUCAGAUGGUGAAGACCCAUGAGUUCUGGAAAUUUUGGUGAAGAAUCAUGGCCUGUCUGAAACACUUAACAUGGCCACUCUUUUUUGGUAAGCUCUGAUUCUUUUGUACACAUCCUUUGAAACACAAAAUUCACUCAGAAUCAAGAUUUGUGAGGAACUGUUUCCUGUAGUUCCAUGAUAAUGUGAAAACAUCCA